ACGGAAUGUCAUCGUAUACAGUUGAAGGCUUUUGAAAUCCAGGUAAAUGGAAGCAACUUUCUCUUCAACGACCGGAAGAGGGUACUGGAAUAAGGUUUGUGCUGAUGCAGAACCUUUGCUCCUGAGAGUAGUGGAGAAUCGCGACCGGAAUCCGUCUUCACUGUCCAUCGCGCGUUCUAGCAAGUUUGUGCAGCUGUCACUUCGAAGGAGGAAGAGUUCUCUCUUUAAGGUUUUAUCAGCUGAAAAGGAUCAAAUUCAUGUUGUAGAAGGAAGCUGUGUUGAUGAGUUAUAUGAUGCAUUAGUUGCACGUCUUCUGCCUUUGGUGUUACUGUCAUCAAAUCCUAAUCACAAGCUUUUAGUUGGCCUGGCUGGUCCUCCAGGUGCUGGAAAGAGCACUCUGGCACACGAAGUAGCCAGACGCAUAAACAAAAUUUGGCUAGAGAAAGCUUCUUCCUUUGACUCUAAGGUGCAACCUCCAGAUAUUGCGAUUGUCUUUCCCAUGGAUGGCUUUCAUCUUUAUCGUUCAGAACUAGAUGCAAUGGAGAAUCCCGAGGAAGCACAUGCCAGAAGGGGAGCUCCCUGGACAUUCAAUCCAUUGCGGUUACUCACAUGUCUCAAGAAUCUAAGAAUUGAUGGAUCAGUUUAUGUACCAUCGUUUGACCAUGGUGUUGGGGACCCAGUGGAAGAUGAUAUCUUUGUGAACCUUCAGCACAAGGUUGUUAUUGUAGAAGGUAACUAUUUACUCUUGGAAGAUGGGGUAUGGAAGGAGAUAUCAUCUUUGUUUGACGAAAAAUGGUUUAUUGAUAUUGACAUUGACAAAGCUAUGCAGCGAGUUUUAAAGAGGCAUAUUUCAACUGGCAAACCUCCAGACAUUGCUAAACAACGGAUAGAGAACAACGACAGGUUCAAUGCAGAACUUAUAAUGAAGUCUAAGAAAAAUGCUGAUAUAGUUAUCAAGUCAGUUGAUUUCUGAGGAAUCUGUUUGCGCCAAGUCAAUCCUGAGGAGACUAUUAUAACCUCAGAAGGGAUGUCUUUAAUAAAAUAAUUUAUUUUUGUGACUUUUCAGAGUCAAACAAACUGAUUUUUUUUUAAUUAUUAUUAUACAACAAAUUUUAGUACAUUUUUAGUUUUCUUU